AUGAGGAUGAUGGCCGCUGGCGCGGUGCUCGGCCUCUUCACGGCCUCCGCGGCCCCAGGGUCCCCCAUGGAGCCCGAGGCCCCGGAUUUCCGCAAGAGACCCCUCGAGACGCCCCGAGGUGGUGGUCUGCAACAAGGUAGCAACACCGGAGUUGUCCCCCACACCACAGAAAGAACAAAAGGAGAAACCCACCCUCUACAGUCACACUGGCAUCACACCCUAAGGAGCUCACAGCACCGUCCCUUCUUAUACCUAACAAGAGGAAAGGUGAAGGAGAUGAGCUACGACCCGCAGGCCAAACUGCAACGGCUGCAGGAGUUCUGGAUCAGCCAGGCCAGUGCAGAGCAGCGCAAGGGCCGUGCGGGCCGCACGGGACCCGGCGUCUGCUACCGCCUCUAUGCCGAGUCCGACUACGACGCCUUCGCCCCCUACCCGGUCCCAGAAAUUCGGAGGGUGGCCCUGGAUGCACUUGUGCUGCAGGUCGUGUACCAGCCUCAGGAAGUGGAGCCCACAGCAUCCAAAUCAGAGAAGCUGGACCCCCGGCCUUUCCUGAGGGCGCUGGAGGCCAUCGACAAGAAGUACCCUCCUGAGGAGCGAGGAGACCUCCUGGUCUUCCUGAGUGGCAUGGCGGAGAUCAGCGCCGUACUGGACGCCGCCCAGGCCUAUGCCAGCCACACCCAGCGCUGGGUGGUGCUGCCGCUGCACAGUGCUCUCUCUGUGGCCGACCAGGACAAGAUGGCAGUGACCUUGGGAUGACUCAGAAGGUAUCAUAGUGCUGGAAAGAAGUGACUGGAG